AUGUUGUUGCUUCAAAUAGUAACCCAGCUCGGCAUCGCUAUCCUCACACUCAUAACGCACCCCUCGACUUAUGGAAACCCAUACAUACCUCUGACAAUCGGAGCAUUCAUCGAAGCCGCGGUCCCUCACAUCAUCUUCAUCGCUGAUAACGCCGCGCACUCCUUCAUCAUGUCUGUUCCCUCUCUCCCGGCCCCUCCCACUCGCCAUGCCAUCUCAGGCCCUCCUGCGAUAAUACCGUCAAAGGAUCUCAUACUCUGGACACCCAUUGGGCUCCCAGUGUCCGCAGGACUUCACAUGCCGGCCCUCACGAUACCCCCCAUCCCGAGUCCGUCGAGCAUCACGGAGGAGCGCACCCAUCGGCCUACACCACAACUCGAAUACCCCACGAAGGACCUCAUCGUCUGGGAGAGGUACACAGCUGAAUUGGUCAAUGCAAUCGAGCCAGUACCACUCGUCGCGUGUGGCAUCAUCAUCGUAUGCUGCGCCUGCGUCAUGGCAAUGGUCUUUCACUCCCGGUACUCAGACAAAGUCAAGGCACGCGUAUCGGAUGUUCUCCCCACUGUCGCUCUCGACACAGAUGCCGGUGCAGCCUCGCCGUUCAACGACGAGCUCGCGUUGAACGGCGAGGAUGCCUCGGCGGACUUGUUCGACCAGGUAUUCAUCAACAACAUCAUCAGUGGCCCAGAACAGUUUGUCCAUCCCAACGACACCCUCAGGGUCGCAGGCGAAACACUGCUGGAGGUUUCAAAUGACAACGUCGACAACGGAACUACGCUCUCACCUGCCCAGAUCACAGACCUAUCCAAUGGUCGUAUGGCCUUAUACCCACACACAACGGCCGCCAAUCCCAAUGGCGACGACGCUGAAUAUACCCAGGACAUACGGGGCGAACAUGCCCAGGUGAACACCGACGUUGCGCUAAUCGAAUCAAGCGCCCUAGUGAGUGGCCAAACCACCGUGCUCCAUCCCGCAUCCGCUGACACAAUGGCUGGCGGAUCCCCGCUCACCGUCACAAACCCGCUCAGCACGCUCCUGAUAUCCUCAACACGGGAAGCAUGCGAGGAAUAUGCGAGACGGUGCAAGGCAAUCUCCGCCAGCACAGGCAAGUGGAAAACCAAGGACCUCACGCUCACCUUGCCACAACCUGCCAGUGCGCAAGUCGUACAGCAUAUGGCAGAGCAUGCCAACAUCAUCAGUGUGGGGCGUCAACAAGCGGCAGAACUGCGCCAGCGAUGCGAAGAACAGUUUGCCGAGCUAAAGAAGCAGUGCGCCGAAGCCGACAGUUGUAUCGCUGAGUUGGAUCGAGAAGAUGCCGAAUUGGAGCAAGACGUCAAGCUGUUGGAACAGGAGGACGCGCGGGCUGAGGAGGAACGCAAACGCCUAGCGGAAGACACGGUAAUGCUGCAACGCGCGCGUGCACAGCUAGCGGCGGAGAGCGUGAAGGACGAAAACGUCGAGCAAUCCGGAGCAGAGGUCUGCGAGGCACUUCCUCGGGUGGACGAGCAAGGGAGUGAGGAUCUGCGACAGACGCAGCUGUCGGGAAGCGGCACAACGCCAUCGGAUGAGCAUAAUCCAGUAAAUGAGCCACUCCAGGACGAUCUCGAAGAAAGCGAGGAGGAAUUCCACAGGUUGCUGAGGGAAAGCGAGAGUCAGGCAGGGCAGGAGCGAUGCGAGGAGAGCACGAUAGGCGAGAGCACCGAGCCAUGCGAAGAGGUCGAUGCGAUCAAGACAGAACACGACCGGUCGAUAGAGCACGAUGGGGACGAGGCGGAAAUUCGGAGCGAAGGAGCCUCGCUGGAGUACGCGCAGCAUCUAGUCGACGACCUGGACGCAGACGAGCAAGGCGAUGUGGCCAACGAUCAAACUCAUCAAACAGAGGAGCAGGAAGAUGAUUGGCGGAGAGCGUUCGAAGAGCGCUAUGGUCCACUCGAUGAUCCUUCCUCCACAGCCAGUGUUACGACAUCCUCACCUCAGACCUCGUCGAGCGAAUGUCAUCCACCAAUUUGCGAGCAAGAUGCUCAUGGCCGACACGAAACAGUUGAGGGUCAAACGCGCCAACCUCGGGAUGAGUCAUACAUUAUCUAUGAAACAAGUCCUCCAAAUCCGACCCCCAACGCUUCAUCGUCGCAUGCACCGAUGCCGCUGGUGUUCAAGGACUGUGAUGCGAUGCCGCCCAUCGCUCCCAGCAGACCUUGGCCGCUGCCAACACCCGCUUUGCCUCACAUCCGGCCUGACAUCUGGUCCUCACGCGAACAGAUCGACGUCGUUCCACCUCCGACAUCGCUCAUGUCGCUGCACGAAAGCCCAGGCGACAAAAGCGAGCAAACUGUGCGUUCAGCGAACGUGCAGUCUGGCUCACCCAUAUCGCCACAGGUCGCCAGCGCGCCCAGACGCACAAGACGGCUACUGGGAACCAUGCCACGCGCAUUCGCACUUGCAAUGGAUCAGGGUAAGAGCAGGAGACGAUAG